GGCACAUUGCAAUUGUUCCACCCCCAGCUCCAAUCACGAAACAUUGUAUUUAUCUUGAUCUUUCAGAUCUCUGCUGCUGCACCCACAUUUGAUGAGUCUUACAUCCCUCAUGGCUGAUGAGUAUGACUUUGACUCCUCCGACGAAGAGGACGUCCGGAACACCGUCGGGAAUAUUCCGAUCCAGUGGUACGACUCCCUUGCCCACGUCGGUUAUGAUACUUCAGGCAGACCGAUAAUGCGACCUGGUUUCAAGACCAACUUGAACGAUGAUAUUGACGAAUUUUUGAAGAACGUUUCUACGAAUGUGUCCGAUUCAGCUUUGGAUUGGCGGGCUAUUCGGGACCCGUACACUGGUCAGCUCGUUGUUUUGGACGAUAGCGAUUUGGAUAUAGUGACAAAAAUGGCUUCUUUCAAAGGUGUUGUGACCGAUGGAUCGUUGACGCCUUAUGAACCAUGGAACGAUUGGUUCACCAGGGACGUAAUGCAAACGCCUGUCACGGCUCACCCUCCUCAGAAACGGAGCUUCGUACCAUCGAAACUGGACCGUCGUCGAAUUGGAAGAAUGGUGUAUGCGUUGAAAUCCGGUUGGCUGAAGCCCCGUCUUCCUAGCUGGGCUUUCACCGACCCAACUGAUCUUGAUGCUUUGCGCCGGUACGCGGCUCUUCAAUCAUCAUCUAAUCUACAUUGGCUCGAUUCGGAUGAUGAACAAAACACUCUAGAUAUACCCUCUUCUUCAACCCUUUCGUAUGUGUUCCCCGAUGUUUGGGCUGAUCAAGAUAUUGAUGCUAGCGUAUCUCAGGAUGAUGGCUCUUGGCGAUCCCGCUUCCCCGUACUACUCCAAAAUUAUCGCCCCCCUCGCCCACGCCCCUACCAAAAGGCCCCGCAAGAGCCUCUUCCAGGCCACAUCGCUUCGUACAACCCGCCUCCAGAGUUCAUCCUAUCUAAGGAAGAGCACAAGCGUGUGAUGAAAGCUUGGCGUGAGCGCCUAGAAGAUGGCCAUGUGUCACGCAUACCACCACAAAUGCCUCGCAAAUUCGACUGUUUGCGUCAUGUACCUUUUUCUGAACACUACUUGCAUGAACGGGAAGAACGUGUCAAAGACCUUAUAAUGGCAGCUCGAGUGCAAAAGCAACGUCUAGCCACAACUCCAGACGAUCUGCUACCGCAAAUCCCCAGUUUAUCACAACUUCGACCGUACCCCAACCAUGAUGGACUAGUGUAUCUCGGUCACACUGGACGCAUCACUGGACUAUCACUUUCCGCGUGCGGACAGUGGUUGGCCUCUAUUUCUCCGGAGGAUGGUUGCCUGCGUAUUUGGGAGACGUCAUCCAACUAUUGCUUCCGCUGCUAUUCUUUGGUCCCACCAAUAGCUGAUCGUCAAGCUGGACAAAUUCGUCAGGCAGCUAACACGGAUGACCCGGAUGACACCUGCACUGCUGAGCGCCCUACGGCUACGGUCAUUUGGAAUCCGAAGCCAGAACUACAUUUGAUAGCCGCUGCCAUUGGUCACACUAUAUUCCUUAUCAACCCAGCCCUGGGGGAUCGCGUGCGCGUAGAGCAGACCGACCGUGACCUUCAGCAAUGGUGGAAAUCAAGAGACACUCUGCAGUCUGAAACCGAGAGUGCUAUUAAGGAUGAUGGUAAUGUACCAAGUAAGGUUGCUCGCUUGGAUGACGUGGCUUCGGACGUGCCAUUGGUAAAUGCUGCCGAAUGGUCCAUGCAAAAACCUCCCGAUUGUCAAUCCGGCACAGUUCGAUCAAAAACUCGGGAACUGAACCGUGUGACCGUCUCUCUAGAACAACCGAUUUAUUCCCUUGACUGGCAUCUGAAGGGUGACUAUCUGGUGUCUGUCACGCGACCCAUCUUGUCCGACACCGCUCAUUCCCGCUGUGUGAAGCGCCUGCUGUUGCAUCGUCUGUCUAAGAUGUCUAGCCAAUCGCCGUUCACCUCAUCUAGCAGGCUGACCAACUGGCGUCAGGCUGUUUUCCACCCGACCGGGAAACCACAGUUGUUUGUUUCCAGCUCACGUUCUGUUCGCAUUUACGAUCUGGUACAGCAGUGCGAAUUACGUCACUUGCGUUUGGACAUCUCCAGUGAUCACCUCAGUUGCAUUUCUCUGCAUUACUCAGGGGAACACUUGGUCGCUGGCACUUUCGAUGGUCGUUUCACUUGGUUCGAUAUCGACUUGGGCAGUGUCCCUUUCAAAAAGAUGAAGCUGAACCAUGGUGCUGUUCGACAGUUGGAUUGUCACCGAGUUCGACCGCUGAUUGCGGCAGCACUGAGCGACGCGACGGUUCUAAUUCUACACGCAACUGUCUCUGAUGAUUUGCUCACCAAGCCCAUCAUCAUUCCUGUUCAGCUGAUACGAACCGGUCAAACAGUCAGCGCUGCCUCUGUGCUCUCGGUUGCUUUCCACCCACUACAGCCAUAUGUGUAUUCAGGUGGUGCGGAUGGUGUUGUCCGGCAGUUUGUCCCCUGGAGAUGACAUCGAAACUAUCCACCAAAAUGUCUAUCCUACUUGUUGUACAUAUAGCCAAGUCACUUCCCUUGCCUAUAUUCUUCUUCUGGUC